UUUAGCUCCCUAGUUACGUCCGCGAGCUCGUGGUAUGAGGACGUGGUUUUCGCUUGAAUGUCCGAUCGCAAUUUGCUUUGCCGGGUCUAUUACUGAAAUAUCGUUGAAAACAACAUAACGACCGUUGUUACACAGGCUCGUUUAGACUAUGCGAUAAUUACACUUGUGUGCUUAAGGAUAUAGGAGCGAUGGUUUUUAAUAAAUAAUUGUUGCGGGGAGGCCAAAACAAUGGCCUAGUGUUGUACCAAAACAUCGAUAGCCGAUACAAUGAUGUGGCUGAUAUUCCUGCUGCCCGCGCUGGCCGCGGCGGCGCCGUCACCCAGUGACGUAGAUACUUGUAACCCGGAUAAGAUGACGGUGUAUAAAAUGGUACUACAUACGUAUUGGACCCGGGAGAAGUUCCCGAAACAUUACCCGGACUGGCGACCGCCUGCGCAGUGGUCACGAAUCUAUGGUGUAUCCCACAGCCGUUCCUACACGCUAUUCCGGCUCGGUCGCAGGGUAUCGCUACCAGUCAAGCAGUUCGCAGAAACUGGUAGACUAGACUCUCUUGGCUCCAGUCCGGGAACCCUUGACGUGUUUGGAGCACCCGCGAUAGGACAGGGCACUGGGCGUACUGAAGCUGAGUUCUUUGUUGAUGGCAAUCAUUCUAGAGUAUCAGUCAUGGCUAGAAUGAUUCCAUCACCGGAUUGGUUCAUCGGAGUGGACAGUUUUGAUUUGUGCGUCGAUGGCAACUGGCUGGAUAGUAUAACGAUUGAGGUGGAUCCACUCGACGCAGGAACAGACAACGGUUUCACAUUCACAGCUCCGAACUGGCCGACGGCUCCGCAAGGAGUGGCGUAUCGCAUAACGUCACGAUACCCCUCUCACCCCGCCGGUUCCUUCUUCUACCCGCACUUAAGAAGAUUACCUCCGAUUGCUACGUUUCAAUUUAUUAAACUACGCGAAUACGAGCUCUCCGAAGUAUUUCACCGUGACAGCGACGACCGAAAAUACGAUGUGCUCCAGUUGGAUAAAUUAAACCAUAAUAGUAUCGAUGUGCUUGAUGGCAAUCGAGCUCUUUCUAUUGCUGAAGAGGUAGAGAGAGCUGAAGCACCAAGAAUUUAUGCAGAAGGCUCUUUAACAACGCCGGAUGGUGCUUAUUCGUAUUAUGCAAUAACAAACAACGCAAGCACAACAGAAGAGCCGAGGUCGGCCAACGAGCUGCCAACCUCCGGGCCCACAGCGAGCGAGCGGUCCGCGCUCCGCAGCCUGGCCCGCCGGUACAGGGCGAGGCGCCGCCGCAAGCUGCGAGCUGAUAACACCGACCCGGCGGAGAGACGGAAGAGAAAAAGGACAAAGCUACUUGACUGUCGAGUGUCAGACUGGGGGCAGUGGAGCCCUUGUCGAAGUGAAGGCGGCUGUGUCGGCUCUGCGCUACGAACAAGAAGAAUAAUCCGACGACAACGACCCGGCGGAAAUCCUUGUCCGCCUACAACACAAUCUCGGUGGUGUGCCACCAACUGCACUGCGGCACAACCGCAGGAAGACUGGCGAAAUAACCUCACGUAAUUUCGGACAAUUCUUUUUUUAAACGAAUUAUUUUAAGCGUUCCUUUUGUAAGUGGCCAGUAGUUUCUUUUCACGCACAUAUUUUUUUUAUCACAACCUUUUUGCGUUGGCAUCUGUACUGUCCGUCCAAAGAUAUUUUUAUUUCGAUUCCAAUCUCUUUAUGAGUUCUCGUUUCAAUGUGAGUUCGUGGUGUGUAAAAAUAUGUUAAAAAUUGCUGUAUAAAAUAAUUUAAUAAGAGAUGACUGUCGAUGUUCGGUAUAGGUAGACUUCGAUUGUUUGCCGCUGUACCUAUAAGAGCUUUUUCUUAUUAUUUUUGUUUGUCAAUUAAUGUUAGUACUAAGAAUACAAUUAAGUUCAAACAUUAUCAUGAUUAUCAUAUAAGAUAUCCUCAUGUUACCCACCACAGUCUUUCAUAAUUAUUUUUUACAAGAAAUAACUCUAUAUAAAGUAAUAUUAUGGUAUUUUAUAUAAUUAAUCCUUCUUCGCUUCAGUACAAAAUAAUUAUUAUCAUAUACAAAUAAAGAGUAAUUUAACUUUAAUUUGUAUCAAUUGUAAAAAUGCACUAAGUAUAUACUAAAAUUUCGACUAUCCAUACGAACAACGCGCUGCAUACUUUUCCAUGAAUACCAUAGACAAUUAGGUAAGUGAUGCUAUAAAUAAAUAAAAAAUAUACAACCUCGUUUGCCUUCGUAAUAGUUAGAAAUAGCUAGAAUUCAUAGUUAUAUCAAUAGUCCGCAAGUGGUUAGUCAAUUAGUACUAUAGGGCGUUUAUCUCUAAAAUAAAAAUACAUAUCGCUUAUUCUUCAACUUUGUGACAGUAUUUCAAUAAUAAGCAUGUAGACUUGUGUAAUGUGGGAUAUAAUUGAAAACAAAAUCGUGUGGCAGUUCAAAUAAAUUACUUACUAAAAAUAAAACAAAUAAUACGAAUUUCCAUAUCUGUCGUUUUCACAAUGUUAUGUGUACAUCUAUUAGUUGCUGUAGUAUUUAAAAAUGAUUUGAGUAAUUAUACUAAAUUUAAAACACCAAACAUUUUACUAUAUCUAAAAUAUGUAAUAUAGAGUGUAUGUAUUUUAAAUUUACUGCAUGCGAAUUUUCUUUCAUGUCAUAUCCCACAUAAUCGUAAAUACUCCAAAGAUGCAGCUUUUAUUUUUAAUACAUAUAAAUGUUAAGUAGAUAAGUUUAUAUCUAGCGUAAGUUACAAUCAAAGCCUUCUGUGAGAUAAACUUAGAUUUGAACUCUAUCUAUAACGUAAUUGAGGUUAUAUUAUGCUAAAUAUAAAAUGUUACGUAGAUCUUUCUCGAUUACUAUAAAUAAUCUUUAUUUUCUUCAAGAUAAAACGUAUAAGGGAUUUGGGAAUAAAUAUAUUUUAUUAUGUACUGAUGAUUUUUUUUAAGUUAAGCCAAAGAUACUAGGAUAUAAUUUUACCUGUCUUACUAAAUAUUGUAUCAAAAUGCCACUUUGAUUCUGAUAUUGAAUUUGAAGUUUUAUUUACUCACUUUAAGGCCUUGAAUGGCCUAUGGAAUGUAAAACAAUGUUAUUGAAAUUAUUCAUACAAAAUACGAAUAUUGAAAUAUGCUAUCAUUUAAUAUUAAUGCAUUAUAAUUGUGUUAAUUUAGUCGGAUUUAUUGCAGCAGUUAAAACGUGGAAACCAUUCUGGAGCCAAAAAUUGUUAAAAUUAGUGUAACAAUUACCGAGUAUGUGUAUUUUUUACAAUGUAAAUUAUUCUGAUUUCGAUAAUAAAAUGUCGUAAAGUCAA